ACACUUGACAUAAACCAAGAGUUAUUAUGAGUCUCAAUAUAGGAAAAACUGCUAAAGACCACCACUUGGUGAACUCCUCGCCUCCUGUCAGUCGCAAUGACUCCUCCACUCCAGAAUCCUCAGGUAAGGAGAGCAGAGAGGUCAGUGGAGCAGAUACAUUGAUUGACAGCAGUAGUGAUCCAAGUAAGAUAUCUGUUUUACAAGGUCAUCAGGCUUUUCCCUUACAAGGUCAUACAGCUGAUCCCUGGCCAACUACUUCCCCUAUACAGCAGCAAGGGCUAGCCAAUAAGAAAGUUGCCAAACCUGUACACAAUGUUAAUGGAGGUCCACAGCACCCGAGACGCACAGAAAAUGAAAACGCACGACACGCUUCAGAAGCUAAAGAAAGCACUGGUAAACGCCCAAGGGAGGACAGAGAUGGUCAUCCCCCUCCAAAGAAGAAUUAUCCAGCAAACAACAACUUUAAACCAGCUGCCCAUUCCGUUACCAGUAUCGAAGAUGGGGAGGAUGUUGCUGGGUAUGACUCCAACAAGGAGAAUUCAAUGGACAUGUUCCCGCAGUUGGAAAGUGGACCUCGUGAAUUACUGUAUGAGGUUAACUUCAUCAAGGAGAACACGAUGGACAUGUCCCUAUUUUACAGUGGACCUGAUGAACUACUGUAUCAACAAAAGAAUUCUGGUAUACAAAGCAGGACCUCCCAUCCUAGACGUCCUUUAAUUGUGAGUGGGAAACACAGCUGGCAUUUACCAAAAGAAGGUAUAUCAACAACCAUCUGGCACAGGAAAGAUAAAGUCAUGACAGUCAAGGCAGAUGUCACUAUCUUCAGAUUUAGUAAGCUACUGAAGAAUCCCGCCUUAAUAAAAUAUGUAGAACAUCUGAAGGGGACCUAUCCAGGAUUUCAGGGAUACUACCUACGUGACAGGGUGACAAACAGAUGUAUCUUUGAUAUGUGCAAAGAUUGCGACCUUGACCUUGUUACUAUUCGAGAUGACUAGUUUAGGUCAUGUGAUACAGUUACAGUACUUAAGUGUGAGCAGAUACCUAGAGUGCUCAGAUAAUUUUGUUUUGUGGUCGUAUGUGUUUUACACUUCACCAUUCCAAAUAAUGGUAUGCAAGAAUGACGGUACAUUAACAUUGAUAAAAAUCUUUGUACAGAAUUUAGCAAUGAGUGUGAAAUCAACAAAUAGACUAAAGAAUUGUGUGGUAUGAUAAUUGUUGUCUCCAGUUAUCAUUAUGUUAGCCCAAUAACUUUCCAGUCUUCCUGUAUGAUGUCUUAUAGAGGACACAAAACAUGCAGCUUUUAAGUGAAGCCUCUCAACUCAAUGAAUCAAGGAGAUCGACAAAUUCUAUCACAUGAAUCUGUAUGUUAAGCAAGACUAAUUUACCAGUGUCCCAGUUUUCUACACUUAAGCGUAACCAUAGGGCAACACUUCUGGGAAUUGACAAUGUCAUUGAAAUGCUGACAUUUUGCCUUCAGAGGAGAUCACAUGCUUCGUGUGUAACGGUGAGUUACAUGUUAUAAUUACUACUCAACAAAUGAAUGGACAGAUAAUGGCUCACUUGUGCAUGUGACCCCUAUCGGUGAAAUUUUGUUGAAGGAGGAGAGGAGGAGGACCUUGAUAACGCGUGUAAGGCCAUCGAGGACAGCUAUCUUCUAUCAGAAGGAGUCCACGUAUUUAUACAGAUACAGACUCAUUCACAAAAGCCCUUGACUGUGGGUGUUUUGCAGACAGUGGGUGUUUUGCAGACUGUGGGUGUUACGUACACUCACUUUAUCGGUGAUUUUAUUUCUAUCCGCAUUACAGAAAGAAGAAUCGCUACGUGAAGUUAGACUGUUCAAAAUAGUAUCAGACACAUUACAGACCACCCAAUGACCAUCUGCUGCCAGCUUGUUACAUUAAAGGAAAAAUCCAAACCCAGUGUGUGGCUCUGUGUUACUACUGAUAAUGCAGUGAAGGAUCCUUGAGAUACUUCAUACAUUGGUGAUCAGACAGUGUAACAUUUCAGGACACAUCAUACUGAGCAGCGUCAUACUGAGGAGCACGUCAGGUUAAGUAGGAACGCACCUCUUGGUGGGUUAUAUUUAUAAAGACUAAAGAUGUAUUGGCCACUCAGUCCGAUGGAAAGAGGUUCACAUCUUUGACUUAUUGCAACAGAUUUUUUUUUCUCAAUGAUGGUUGUAUUACAACAGAAAAUAGUGAUAUGUGCUGGUUCGCAGGCUUGUGUUUUAAAAGCGUCAACUAAAAUCAAUCUGGGUAAAAUGCUUUUUUCAUCGUCUUUUGAAUCAACACUUAAAUUUCUUAACUCAAUGUUACACAAAAGGUAGCUAUGACACUACAAAGUUGGUCAAACAAGCAACUUUGAUGUCCCAAAGAGGGUGCAAAAAUACACUUUCCCUGAAAAAAUAUUUUGAUAGACUUUCUUCCGUUACAACAAAAAACAGUUCUGUUGUAGUUAGGUUGAAGUGAACAGUCCGCAGAUUGACUGGACCCGAUAUGCAAAGCAGUAGUAUUUUUUUAAGGACUCGUUGUAUUUGGAUUGAACUUCAGUGUGUGAAUUUCCACUUGACAAAUUUUCCUGACAACCUUGUCAAUAAAAGUUGUGCAGAAUUAGCUUUUUCAUUGAACAAGGUUAGGAAAAGAAUCUGCUUAAGCUGAAUAAUAAAUAUAUAUUUUGUAUUCAACUAUUUCAGUUUGGACUUAAUCAAACCCUACAAACUACAACAGGCAUGUAACCAAGAAUAAUGACUUACUUUGAAAGAAAUUUAUAAGCAUCAUCCAUAAUAAAAUAAGAGGCCUAAUGGGCCUGUACAGUU